ACUACUCUAUGUUACUACCUUCAUAGUGGGAAGUAACAUAUGUGUAGUGUCAUGCAAAGCCAUAUUAAUUAGGUUGUAGACUCAUCUAAUCUUGGAAAAUGUGAUGUUAUGGUAACAUAGCUAGUUACCACAAUGCUCUCUUUCCUCAAUUAAUGAUGUGCCAUGUCAUCAAAUUGCUUAGUUGGCGUUGCAUGUAGCUCUAUGUUACUACCCAAGUUACUCCCACUAUGAGUAGUCUUAGGCAUUACUUUUCACGGUAAAAUGAUAAACUAGUCAACAUAGUCCGCAUUACUUUUUUUGUUGAGAUAUAUACCCCCACAACGGUCGUCUCCUCCUUAAUUUAUUGUGUAUAAACCCCCACAACGGUCAUCUCCUCCUUAUUUUAUUGUGUAAACCCCUACAACGGUCAUCUCUCCCUUAUAAACACCCACACGGCCAUCCCUUGUGUCAAUAGGUUCUGCCUCUCUCUUCUUCGUUCACAUACACUUUAUCCAUUGCCAUGGCUUCCACGUCUCGGACGCGGACCGGAAGGGGAAGGGGAAGGGGAAGGGGAAGGGGAAUGGGAAGUGGAUCAUCAUCAUUGCCACCACCACCGUCAACACUGCCAUUGAUCAUAGAGGAGUUCUUCAUCGUCGUCUAUGAAGACCCUUUGGUCAAGAAGGAACUCCCAAAAAAAUUUGCGGACUAUCUUGACGGCAAGGAGCCAGCUAAGGUGUAUCUGCGAGCAGCUGACUGCGGUCCUCGUCUCUGGACCGUGGAGGUCCUAUUUGACGGACAAGGCCGGAUGUACCUCGACAAGGGCUGGGAGAAAUUCGCCAUCGCGCACGGUGUGGAUUUCGGCUGGUUCGUACACUUCAAAUAUGAAGGCGAUGAUGUGCUCACAGUGAAGGUGUUUGACGGAACAAUGUGCAGGAGGUACUACUACUCAGACGACGAAGAUACUGAUGAUGAAAGCGACGACGACGUGAAGCCAUGCAUCCAUCCCCUUUAGAUAAUUAAGGGGAUCAUGACCAAGAAUAUAUAUGUAGCUUCAUAUGCAUCGAUUUAGAGAUCUAGCUAUUUUCUAUAUAUUAUGCAUGUAAAAAAUAAUAUCGCAUUUCCACUAUUAUUCGAGCACCACAUCCUCGCCGCCACUGCUAGGUCAACGCCGGGAUGCACAAUGUUUAGCAUAAAAGUCACUUUAGAUUAAGCUGCGAAAAUAGUCACCUGCCAUGGGCUGAGGCGGCCCCUACAGAGCGGCUCUAUAUUAUAUUCUCUAAAUAAAAUAGACGACCACAGCGGUCAUUGACUGCGGAGGCCCCACAGAGCGGCAAUAUAUAAUUUUCUAUAAAUAAAUAGACGACCCACUGGUCAUUGGCUGCGGCAGCCCCAUAGAGCGGCCCCAUUUGUCAUUGGCAGCACCGCGUAUACAAUCAGUAAAUAAAACGGCCCACGCAUCAGCGGUAGAUGGAUCCACCCGUCAGCACGAGACGGUCAGCGAGGAACUGACCUCACGGUAACGGUAAGGCCUCUGACCUGACGGCAACCCGCGUCUUCGAUGGGUUUCAAACUAGAGGGAGGGGAAAACUGAGGAAAAACUAACG